AUGUGCAAGACUCAUUGCAAUGACCAUGGCGGCUGCAGGACUGCCAAGGGUCACCGCCCUGAGCAGGCAGGGAAGCGUCAGCGUCAGCAGGCGGCCACAAAAGCAAGGUACUCAGCUUUGGUGAACCAAGGGCCUGCCCUCCCUCCGUCUCAGCCUCCUGCAACUCUCGCUCCCUCUUCUGUGUCGACCGCCCAGUGGCCCAUUGACCCCGCGUUGCUCGACUUGUCGACGCAGCCUUCCUCGUCGCAGCCUUUCCCCCCAUCGCAGCCUUUCCCUUCAUCGCAGCCUCCCUCGACGCAGCCUUCCUCGUCGCAGCCUUUCCCCCCAUCGCAGCCUUUCCCCCCAUCGCAGCCUUUCCCUUCAUCGCAGCCUCCCUCGACGCAGCCUUUCCCUUCGACGCAGCCUCUACCCUCGACGCAGCCUCUCUCCUCGACGCAGCUCCCUUUAUCCAUGCAACCCCCUCUGCCCACGCAGCCUCCUCCUCCGUCCACACAACCUCCUCCUUCCAUGCAGCCUCCUCCGUCCACGCAGCCUCUUCUGUCCAUGCAGCCUCAUCCCUUGACGCAGCUACAGACGAACGCUACUACUGACCAGAUGAACUUGGACUGGCAGAAGUUUCUCAACAAGCAUUCUCUCGUCGAUGCUGAGGCCAGAGAUCAGGAACGCGAACAGCUUGCACGCGAUCGAGCAGGCUCACAAGUCAUAGAUGUUGUUAUAUGGGACCAGGAUGGUCAUCAGCCCAAGGAAGGUUCACUACAAGGAUCCAAGAGUGAAGGCGCCAGUAUACCUCACUGGCCCUCGCUGAUUCUGCCCGAAUCUUGCAAGCGCGUCCCCAGGCUCCCCAACAUCACGGAGUCAACGAAGAUUGAAUACUACAAUCGGCAGAAGCACUGCUGGAAGGCAUGUAAUGCAAGCUUUGCGUUCACCGUCGCGGAUGGCGACAUCUGGUUGUUCCGCAUCAAUGGAGCUACCAACUGCCCUCGCGAAGAGGAGUUCACGACAUCCUUGGCCAACCCUGCUGAUCACGUCACCGACCAGAACAACUGCUUGCUUGCGGAGCGUGCAAGGGUCCGCGCGAAACUUGCGUCUGGCAAGCGUACGCGCGCCUCGUCCCCGUCCAGAUCUUCUAGCUCCCCAUCCAAGCGAUCAAGGUCCAUCCCAUCGCCCUUGCCAGUCACCCCUCCCUCCGUGUCACCUGUACAGUCCGAGGCUACAUUCUCCGGUGACUCGAUCUUUUCCCCAGACCCUCCGCGCCCCUCCACGCCUAACCGCGCCAGGGAGAUGAUCAAGUUUGCAUUCUUAGGCGGCGCCUCCCCUCUCUGGUUUGACAAGAGCACUCCCAGCACACCCACCGACUCUGGAUCCUCGUCGGCAGGCAGUACUAGCACGGGGAACACUUCCCUGGGCAGCCAGAUGCCCAUGGGUCUUCCAAUGUUCAGCCAAGCAGCUGAAUACGAAGGAAGGCCCUUCCCAUCGGGCUAUUAUGCUGUUGACGUCAGCGCUGGCUUCAAGCUAUUCGACGACGACCGCUUCAUGUUCCUCUCGCGCGGCGACCGCUUCAAGACGAUCUUUGGCGGCAAAUAUGUUCGCGAGACGUUCAGGGACGCUAGAAAACGAUGGAGUCAGGCGUCGGAUGGAUUCAGGGAGGUUAUGAUCGGGAAUGGGCGGGAGCACGGCGGUUUAUGGGACCAUGUCACCAAGGCUAUUAAGCUGAAGGAUGUGGACAACUAUUAG